AUGGCACAGAUUUGCCGCGUCGCUGGUAUCCUUUCAUUUGACGACUGUAUAGAAGAUUGGCAAAUAGCUUGGGAUCGGGCUCGAGUAGCCAAACUGGUUCUGGAGAUAUUGGUGUGUGCGAUUCAUCCAGUUCCUGGAAACUUUGUAUUCACCUGGUUCUCCUCCUAUUUCCUCGUAGGAGGCCAACUCAUUCUUUCUUGUGCACAUUGUGUGAACAUCACCACAAACUCCAGCCUUUUUACCGUAUCUUCAACACCCCAGUUCUCUGGAAGUCCCCACUACAUUUUCUCCUCGAACAAAGUGGUGUCCAUCGAUAUUAUCCUCUCAUUGCCUAUGUUCCUUCGACUUUAUCUCAUCUUUCGGGUUGUGAUGCUGCACUCAAAGCUAUUCACAGACACAGGAUCGAGGAGUAUUGGAGCUAUGAACAAAGUGAACUUCACAACACAAUUCGUGUUUAAGACAUUCAUGACUAUUUGUCCUGGGACUGUGCUCGUUGCCUUCAUUAUUGGAUUCUGGGCUGUCCUUGCUUGGAUGCUUCGGGCUUGCGAACGUGUUCAUGAUCCUGGUUUUGAAAAUCUCCUCAACUCGCUGUGGCUGGUCGCUGUCACAUUUUUGAGCAUCGGCUAUGGUGAUGUUGUCGCAAAUACCUACUGUGGUCGGGGCAUUUCCUUAGUCACGGGUGUUUUGGUAAGUCCGUGUUUAUGCAGUUCCUAG